GUGAGCCGGCUGGCGCGGCGGUCAGCUGAGCAGCGCUGGGCGGGGUCGCGAGGCCGUAAAUCAACCUAAAGCUCCCCAACCCCCGCCGCUGCCCUGGCCGGUCUCCUGGUUGGCGUCUGCAUCUGGGUCCGAAGCCCUCUCCCAGCGGGCAUCAUGCCGAGGAAGCAGUGACCCGAGAGAGGCCGGAGCCCGGGCGCCGGAACUGCUACCAUGUCCCACCAACCGCUUAGCUGCCUGACUGAGAAGGGGGACAGCCCCAGUGAAACCACAGGAAAUGGACCCCCCAAUCUGGCUCACCCAAACCUGGACACAUUCACCCCACAUGAGCUGCUGCAGCAGAUGAGAGAGCUUCUGAUCGAGAACCAUCAGCUGAAAGAAGCCAUGAAGCUAAAUAACCAAGCUAUGAAAGGGAGAUUUGAGGAGCUUUCAGCUUGGACAGAGAAGCAGAAGGAAGAACGCCUUUAUUUUGAGACUCAGAGCAAAGAAGCCAAAGAGCGCUUAACAGCACUGAGCCUUGAAAAUGAAAAACUGAAGCAAGAACUCGGAAAACUAACAGGGAAAACUGAAAGAGCAUUCGAGGACAUCACUGGGGACCCUAAGGUCCCCAAGGCAGAAGUGGAACAAGAAGUGGAACAGCUGAAGACCCAGGUGGCACGCCUCCAAGCUGAAAAGGCAGAUCUGCUGGGCAUCGUGUCUGAAUUGCAACUCAAGCUGAACUUAGGCGGCUCCUCUGAAGACUCCUUUGUUGAAAUCAGGAUGGCUGAGGGCGAAGCAGAUGUGGCAGCAAAAGAAAUCAAGACAAGUCCUAGGCCCACGAGAACGGAUUCCAUUGACAUGAGCAAAUCUGCAGAAGGUACCAAGAAUUAUGUGGAGUUUGAGGAAUUAACUGUGAGCCAGCUCCUGCAUUGUCUAAGGGAAGGAAACCAGAAGGUGGAGAGGCUUGAAGUUGCCCUCAAGGAAGCCAAAGAAAGAAUUUCUGAUUUUGAAAAGAAAGCCAAGGAUCAUUCUGAGACUGAGAGCCAGACAGAGGAGCCCACAGAACAAGAGAAAGAAGAGGAGAAAGACACCAAAACUAUUGGAAGUGAAGUGGAAACACUGAACCUUCAGGUGACAACCCUGUUUAAGGAGCUUCAGGAAGCUCACACGAAACUCAGUGAAGCUGAGCUAAUGAAGAAGAGACUUCAAGAAAAAUGUCAGGCCCUUGAAAGGAAAAAUUCCGCAAGCCCAUCAGAGCUGAAUGAAAAACAAGAACUGGUUUAUAAAAACAAAAAGUUAGAGCUCCAAGUGGAAAGCAUGCGAUCAGAAAUCAAAAUGGAACAAGCUAAAACAGAAGAUGAAAAGUCCAAAUUAGGCACUCUACAGUUGACACACAACAGGCUUCUUCAAGAAUACAAUAAUGCACUGAAGACAAUUGAGGAACUAAAAAGGAGAGAGUCAGAAAAAGUGGAUAAGAUGGUGCUGCAGGAACUGAGUGGAAAACUGGAACUGGCAGAGAAGGCCCUGGCUUCCAAGCAGCUCCAAAUGGAUGGGAUGAAGCAGACCAUUGCCAAGCAGGAGAAGGACCUGGAGACCAUGGCUGUCCUCAGGGCUCAGAUGGAGGUUUAUUGUUCUGAUUUUCAUGCUGAAAGAGCAGCAAGAGAGAAGAUUCAUGAAGAAAAGGAGCAGCUGGCAUUGCAGCUGGCAGUUCUACUGAAAGAAAACAAUGCUUUCGAAGAUGGAGGCAGCAGGCAGACCUUGAUGGAAAUGCAGAGCCGUCAUGGGGCGAGAGCAAGUGACGCUGACCAGCAGGCUUAUCUCGUUCAAAGAGGAGCCGAGGAUAGAAACUGGCUGGAUCAGCAACAGAAUAUUCCAAUUCAUUCUUGCCCCAAAUGUGGAGAAGUUCUGCCCGACAUAGAUACACUACUGAUUCAUGUUACGGACUGUAUCAUUUAAGUGUUGACCUUUUACCUCCCCCAAGCUGUUGGUAAUGAGCGUGUGACAUCAUGGACGGAGUAAAGGCGGUAAUAAGAUGGAAGACGCCUCACUGAUUAGAACCUUCUAAGGAAGCAGGAAAAAUGAAGUGGUCACAGAUAUAAUCAAGAAAAGUGUUUUUGAAGUAUUUUUAAAUAAAUUAUAUUGUUAUCUUUCUUUAUCCAGUUAAGACAGAUCUGUUUGGGAUUGUGUAUAUAUCUUACAGUUUUAUUUCAAGCACACCACCAAAGUUAUGAUGUGGCUCUUUUCAGAUGAGCCCUGUGAGCUUUUGCUUGAUCAUCAGGACAGGUGAAAAACUACUGGCCUACACAAAGCAGAUACAUUAGGUUCACUGGAUUUUGUGUAACCAUCCACAGUGUAAAGUUCCCUUUUCCUUCCCUUGUGAUGCAGGUACAUGUUAUCUACUAUAGAGUAGAUAGUUUAUGAAUUUCUAUAAAGAAUGGCUAUCAGUUUCUUCCUGGGUCAGGCCCUAUAUUCAUAUUCACGAAAAUAGUUACUGCAAAAUUUUGCUUAUGAGUCUUACACAUUUUCAUAUAUGGUUAGCUAAUUUCACAGGAUGUGUUUUCUGUAUUCAGCUUCACAUAAAUUUAAUACAUAUUCAGAUCUGUCUUGUUAAUUCCAUGAAUAUAAGCAAAAUCUCUUUAUUAGAGACUAGUAAGUGUUGUUUGAAUUAGAAAUUGUUCUUUCUAGGAAAAUGGAAAGAUAGGGCUUUGCCGUACUUUAUAAAUAUAGUUUACCAAGAUGAGCUAAUAUUGGGCCACACUUAGAAGUUAUUAAUGUCCUUAUGUAUCUAUAUACUGAAACAUUUAAGAGAAAAGUUUAAAAUCUCCUCUGUUUGGCUUUGUCCUAAGGCUUUCUCCUAGACAAACCUGACUUGUGUGUGUGUGUAUGUGUGUGUAUAUAUAUAUAUAUUUUUUUUUUAAACAGGAAUUAAAACAGGUAAUUAUAGCUUCAUUACAAUAGAACACAUUGCACAAAUUCAAUAGUAAUUUAGAUUCCCCUACUUGACCCCACGGAGAAUGUUUGUUUAAGACAUUUCUAAAAUAACUAUUAAAUUUUUAAUUUCUUAUUUAUAGUUUCUAGUUUAAAAUUUUUUUCCUUAUUAUUUUAUAUUGGAGUAGAUAAAUUUCUAUAGUAUCCUAAAUAGAAAACAAACCAAAUGAUUCCACCCUUAAGUUAUUGGCAAUACCCUUUUGCUUUGUUCAAGUAAAAAUAUUAAUCUAAUCCCAAUGUGAAGUAA